CCUUGAAUGUCAGGGUUACGGUUUAAAAACGUUGAGAAGGAUAUUACUUAUUAAUUGAAUUAUAAAUUGAAGGGAUUUAAUAUACAAUUUUAAAUAUAUUAUAUUGAUCGUGUCAUUAUGACAGAACAACAGCAGAAAACUAAAUGUAUCACACUUAAAGGAUCCGCAGAGUUGGUAAAACAAUAUCUUUUAUAUGGAAUUAACAAUAUUUUAUAUCAACGUGGUAUUUAUCCACCAGAAACAUUUGAACCAGCUGAGCACUUUGGAUUAUGCAUAUUAAUGUCUACAAAUUUACAAAUUGUUAAUUUUUUUAAUGUUGUACUUAGUCAAAUUCAAGAAUGGCUUAUACAAAAGAAAGUACGAAAAGUAACUUUAAUUAUUUCAAAUGUAAAUACAAAAGAGGUUUUAGAAAAGUGGGAUUUUAAAAUAGAUUAUGAAACUGAAUUAUCAAAUGGUAAAGGUGAUGGAAAUUUAUCAGAUAUUGGAACUAAAGAUAUUAAAACAAUACAGAAAGAAAUCCGUGAAGUUAUUCGUCAAAUUACAGGAACUGUCAGUUUUUUACCUCUUCUUGAUUGUUUGUGCUCUUUUGAUAUUUUGACAUAUACAAUACCAGAAUGUGAUACUCCAAAGGAAUGGGAUGAAACAAGUCCUGUAUUUAUAGCAAAUAGUCAAGAAGUACAACUUAGAACAUUUUCUACAUCUCUUCAUAAAAUGGAAACUAUAGUUAGUUAUAAGAAUACUUAAAAGUUACAAAUAUUAUAUUUGCUUCUAGAAAUUAGAUUAUAUAUAAUUAUAAC